CGGCGGCGGGCGGCCACGUUGACAGGGCGGGCGGCAGGCGGUGCUGGCGGCGGGAGCGGGGUGUGGGCGCGCUCGUGCGGGCGCUGUCAGGGUAAACAUGUCUUCGCCUCCUAAAGAGAAAGCCGAGACUCGGGCCGGACACCCUCCUGCUGUUAAAGCGGGUGGGAUGCGGAUUGUGCAGAAACACCCACACAGUUCUGACACCAAAGAAGAAAAAGAUAAGGAUGAUCAAGACUGGGAAACCAGCAGCCCACCUAAACCAACAGUGUUCAUCUCUGGUGUCAUAGCAAGGGGUGAUAAGGACUUCCCUCCAGCAGCUGCUCAGGUGGCACAUCAGAAACCACAUCCUUCAGUGGAAAAGCUUCCUCACCCUCAACAUGUCAAACAGCACAUCCACCAACCUCGCAAGUGAGCUCACCACAGAAAUCUCAGCCAAACUGCCAUCAGUGAAUAUGUUUUUGAGAGAAGACAUUGACCCUUUAUAGUUCACACAAUCAGAUCAAUAAUACUGACCUCUAAAAUCUUAUCCUGUUCUGUUCUUUUAUUUUAAUUCUCAAGGGUUAGGAAGAACAAAGACAUUUUUUAGUUGAUAUACCAAAUGAAAAGUUUUCCCUUCUAAGUAUUUGCUGAUCAAGGGUGGAUUUUUGAUAAGACUGUCUGAUUGACAAGAUGAAAAUUAUGAUUAUGAUUAGUGAGCUUAAAACUUGUGCUUUUAGUUAUGCAUUGCAAUAGCAGAUAGUUAAUGUAGUUUUUAUGCUAACCCAGUAGAGAACAUUCCCCCUUUGUACUGGUACUUCUGUUAUCCGGGGGAGUUUGUUGAGACAGAAAUUAGUGUUUGUCUUGAAUACAGUCUUGCAGUCUUCAGUAUCCUGAGAUGUUAAAUCACAAGUGGGCAGAAAUUCAGCUGACUCUUUUUUACACCGCUUUGCACUCCUAGGCUUGAUGAAGUUCUUUUGUGCAAGCUCUGUGUGGGUGUGAAGAAGUAGUCAAGAGUUAUAAGCACGCUGCUGCUGUGACCUCACAGGCCUGUUUUUUGUUUGUUUGUUUUUUUGUUUUUGUUUUGUUUUUUGGAUGUGAUGAUUUCUCAAAUCCAGCAACAAGUUGAAGGAAUUCAGGACCUUCAAGAACUGAACUUAAACUGGACAAAAAUCUGUCUUUUUUACAUUACGCUAUUACAGCAUUUAACUUUAUGAGAUAAGCUCUGUUAUGCAUCUUUUUUUAAAAUUAUUAUUAAUGAAGGAGAAUAAAAGUUACUUUUCAGACAGAGCAAUCAGAUUAGGUUAGGCCACAUAAUUAAAUAUGUCAAUUACACAGUUUGAAAUUAAAAAA